AUUUUCCUUCGUCUUCAUGAAAAACUGAGGAAAUUCAGGAGCUUCCAGCCCUCUCAGUGUCCCUCCUUCUCCAUUUGCUGGGGACUGUGCCACGUCCCCCUUGUCCCUGUGCAGCUCCACUUCCCAAAAAUAGCCGUCCUUGGGAUGCUGGGGGGGGGUUAUCUGAUCCUGGAGCUGCUCUUCCCUGCCCUUGGGCUGCCCGAAGGAAGAGGAGGAGGAGCUGAGGGAGUGACACUGGGAGGGGACACUGCCACCCCCACAGGAGGUGACACCCAGGACCCCCCGAAUUCCCCCUUUUCACGUGCAGAGAGCCAGCCCACGACGUCGGAUGAGACCGUGGUGGCCGGGGGCACGGUGGUGCUCAAGUGCCAGGUGGAGGAUCCCGAUGAUUCCUCGCUCCAGUGGUCCAACCCUGCCCAGCAGACCCUGUACUUCGGGGAAAAACGAGCCCUGCGGGAUAACCGGAUCCAGCUGGAGCGCUCCACGCCCAACGAGCUGACCAUCAGCAUCAGCGACGUGGUGCUGGCCGACGAGGGCGAGUACACCUGCUCCAUCUUCACCAUGCCCGUCCGGACGGCCAAGGCGCUGGUCACCGUGCUGGGUACGCCGGGGGGGGCUGCAUCCCGUGGGUCCCAUCCAUCCCUCUCUUCUCUCUUCACCCAGAGCCAGGAUUAAAAACCAAACAGAUUUUCCCGUGUGACACCAGGGCUCUGAGUGUCCCCUGUCCCCACAGACUCGGGCACCGAGGUGGUUGAGGACCCCAAUGGCAAAACCUUCACAGUGACCAGCAGGGUGGAGUUCCGUGUCACCAAGGAGGACAACGAGGUCGAGGUCACCUGCACCGUGGACCACGAGUCCCUGCAGAACUCUGAGAGGUCAACCACGCAGAAGCUGCAGGUCCACUACAAGCCCACGGCGAAGAUCGAGCCCCACCCGCAGUACCCGCGGGAGGGGGAGAAGCUGCAGCUGCAGUGUGAUGGGCAGGGCAACCCCAUCCCGCAGGAAUUCCUCUGGGAGAAGGAGGGCAGCGACGCCCCCCUGCAGCUCAGCUCCGACAGCGUCCUCAUCUUCCCCUUCCUCAACAAGAGCGACAGUGGCACCUACGUGUGCACGGCCACCAGCUCCAUGGGCAGCGUGGUGGCCAAGUACAACCUGGAUGUCAGCGAUGUUCCCCAGCUCCCCACCCCACACGUUCACUCCACUCCAGGCCCUUCCCAGCCCAUCUCUCAUGCUUCCAUGGCCUCAGCUCCAUCCUUCACUCCAGCUCUCAUCCAAGAUGCCAGCCCAGUGCCCUCGACCUCCAGCACCUACCACGCCAUGAUCGGCGGGGUGGUGGCUGUCAUCGUCUUCCUGCUGCUCAGCCUGCUCAUCGUGCUGGGACAUUACCUGAUCAGGCACAAAGGUUUGUGCCCAAGCCCUGGGGACACGGUGACACCCAGCCAUCGGCCACCCCCUGUGGUGAUGUGCACUUACCUGACCCACGAGGCCAAAGGCUCGGACGACGCUCCGGACGCCGACACCGCCAUCAUCAACGCCGAGGGCGGCCAGGCCGGCGGCGACGACAAGAAGGAAUAUUUCAUCUAAAAAAAAACAAGGGGGUCAGAAAGAGAGAAAGAGAGAGAGAGAGAGAGAGUGAGAGAGAAGAAAGAAAUGGAGCCAAGAGAACCCCGAUGGCAACAGCAACCAGACCACAAACCCCACAAAACCCAACAGAUUUUCUCUGGGGGGACGGACGGACAGAGGGACGGAGAGCAGGGAGAGCCAGCGACGCUUCUUGAACUUUGUACAAAUCCAGCCAAGAGCCCCCAGCCCUGUUUGCUUGCUUGCACCUCCAUCCCCACUCAGCCAAACCCACAGAACAACCUGUGAGUGAGAGAAUUCUUCCUUCUUCCUUUGGAUCUUUUUAUUGCUUUUUUUUUUUUAUUAUUUUUUGGUUUUGUGGCUGCUCUUUGCUUCGGGCACUUGGUUGGGGAGUGUUGGGCUGGGGUUGAUGUAGCUCUUCCCUUUGUUUCUCUCUGUUUUGGUUUCUUUGAUAUUCCCAAGGAUAAAAAGCAGCUCUGGGUUCCCAGGGUGAGUUUGGGACUCUGAGUUUGUCCCCCCCCUCCAAGUGCUGGGGGGUGACUCCAGCUGGGAGCAGAGUGAGACCCUGCCCCGAUUUUAUCCUUGGCGGUUCUUGUGGAGCAGUGUCCGUGCAGGAGCAGAGCUGUCCUCGUGCAGUCAGUGUGUGAAAAAGGGGGUGAAAAAAGUCCAGGGUGGGACCCCCAGACAGACCAGGAGCCCCCACAGCUCCCUGGUCCCACCCCAAUGGGAGGGGGGAGGGCUGAGGUUUUAUUUUGGAGGGGGCAAAUCCAAAGGGGA